AAUUACAAGACUCAAUACAUUUACUAGCUUGCACUUUCCUUUUAACAAAAAAAAAUCAUCACUAUUUAUCAUCUAUAAGCUAAAAUCAAAAGGCGGAAACUGUUAUCUAUUCAUUCUGCUCUGAUUAUCUAUCCUGAAAUCAAGAGUCAAACAUUACCUGGUCUUUUAAGACUCCCGCACAGCUAUUUUCACUCUUCAACGUCAAUUCAAUUGGAAUUAUACACACCAUUGUCAAAUGAAACAUUAUUGAUGUUCAUUGAAAGCAAAAAGCACAUUGAAGUAAAGCAUCAAAACGCUUUUAUUCACAUAAAUAAUCCUCAAAAAAAAAGCCCUCGAGAAAUAUUUAAAUCAACAACAACGAAGGUUCAUUAGAAAAUUGUUAUUUCAUCCUAAUUAGGAAUAGUGGUGCUCAAUUAUCCUUUGAUAAAGCAGAAAUUUGAAAAUUUUACACUAUAGUAAGCAUCAUUAACAGAAGAUAAUAUACUUUUUUUUAUCUUUGAUCAAUCCUGUUCUCAUCUAUGUCUAAGCUAUGUGUUUAUAUCUCAAAAAAAAAAUGUAGUACAAACUACUUCCUUUCCUUACUUCAUUUUAUUAUCUCUUUUAUUUUUCUUUCCUUAUACAAAUAUGAAAUGAUCUGUAUUCGAUAAUUUAUUUCUUAAUAUUGGUUGCUGAUUCUUUGCUCUUUUACACACGCAAAAGUAAAAAAAAGUAAUUUCUGAACAAUUUUGCAGACCUUGCAGAACCAAUACCACAGUAAAAUUAAUAAAUAGGAGCUUGCCACAAUGACGAUAUCAAAGGAAAAUAAUGAUGGUGCCCAUUUCUAUUCUACUCGUACUGUUGAUGCCUUGAAAAAUCAAGACUCCAUGCUCAAGUUUCUCGAAGGACGCGCACGGGAGGGAUUCACUACUAGUGCAUACUGGGGCGCAAACGGUGAAGUACCCCCUCGUGAACCAGAUGAUGUUGUUAACCGCAACACAUUUCGCUUUACGGACGAACUAAAACGAAAGCUCGUUCCCUUUCCAAAGGAGCAAACCAGUAUUUCUCGAAUGCUAGAUUACACAUUGAAAGGCUUUCAUAUCACUUCGAAACCGGAUGGAUCCUUUCUUGAGCCGGAUAAGCUGAUGAAUGAUACUCAACUACAAAUACUUAAGGAGGGGGAUGCAAAUGUGGAAGAAGGGCCUGAUGGUUUUAGACUGAAACCACGAUUGUUAAACACCGUUUCAACUGCACAUCGGCUUCACUCUGGUUUUAGUGGUGAUGUCAUGGCUGCUCUCCAUGAUGGCCUAAAUCGAGAAGAUGAACUUCAGAAAAGACUUUCAGAGCUUAAAAGAAAGCCUUGUGAGUCAACAGACCCUGAUGGCUAUAGGCUUACUUCAGAGGAUUAUUGUGAUAUGUCGAAAAUUGACCCUUCUUCUUAUCGAGUAAUGGAAAAUAAACCUGAAAAUCCUGACAUCAAAAUGGAAGUUUAUCGCAGUCGGUACAAUAAUGUGGAACGUGAGGGCCCUAAGCGACGCGAACAUUCCCUCCAGGUUAUACAAAAUGGGCGAAAUGUCAAUAAUAAUACUCUUCGCAGCACGUUUUCUAGAAAAAUGGAAGACGAUCUACCCCGGGGCUAUUCCCCUUAUUCCGCCAAAGAGUGGAUAAGUACUACGCAUCGUGAGCAUGCCACCUACGACCCUGCUAAGGCGUCGGAGAUGAACAAUCCAAACGCCACAUUUCCUCUGCGCAACACUAAUUAUAGUCUAUCAGAUGACUUUCAGAAGUCUUUAACGCAGAAGUGGGAGCGGUUUGAUCGUCGCCACGAUGGGGCGUUCGCAACGGAGUCCUCGGAUAACUAUCAGAACCGUUUCAAUCAGUCUGAGGUCAUAAAGGGUCAUGGAGUCAAAAAGGUGUUUGAUAUCAAAAAUGGGGUUUAUACCAUUAACCAUGUAUACCAUCAUCCUCGCAACGAUGUGAUGACAAACGAGAAGUACACGCCUGCCGAAAUAGUCCCGGGUCAGUACUUGUCAAUGUCAAAAGAACCGCUUCACGCGCGGAAUACCGUAGGUAGAACUAAAAUCUAAACAAGAAAUACUUGGCUGUGUUUAUAAAUAUGCCUUGAGUUCUUGAUACGUGUAGAUUACAUGUAAAUUGUAUAUCUUUUUUCCCUUCUAAGGAAGGGAAAGCAUGCAUGCCGGUAUAAAUAUGUAGAUAUCUUUUUAUCUAGUCAUACUCAAACAAAUUCUUCAUACACGGUGUCGGUAGCUUCAAUAGCCUUAUCCUUUAUAUAUAUAUAAAGGAGCCGAGUAAUGUGUGUCCCCAUUAUA